AUGGCCAACGAAGAAGUAAGAAGGGUCUAUGAAAAUGAAGGAUUCGUGGACGAGUCAAAACUCCAUCAGUUGAAAUAUGUAAUGACAGUCAUUCAAGAGACUUUAAGGUUGCACCCACCUCUUGUUUUGUUACUUCCGAGACAAAAUAGUGAGAUUUGUCAAAUUGAUGGCUAUGAGAUACCUCUCAAAUCUACGGUGAUCAUAAAUGCUUGGGCUAUUGGAAGGCAUCCUCAGUAUUGGAACGAUGCUGAGAAGUUUCAACCUGAGAGGUUUAUUGACGGCUCAGUUGAUUUCAAAGGCACCAACUUUGAGUUUAUUCCAUUUGGUGCAGGAAGGAGGAUAUGCCCUGGAAUGUCAUUUGUGGCACCAAUUUUAGAAUUGAUAAUAGCAAAUCUGCUUUAUCAUUUUGAUUGGAAACUUCCUAAUGGAGAAAAGCCUGAAGACUUCGACAUGUCUGAGAUCUUUGGUGCUGUAGCAAGAAGAAAACAUGACCUAUGUUUAGUCCCCUUUACAUAUCAGCCUUAGCUUUAUUUCCUUAUUAGUAGAAUAAUCACUCGGCACUCACAUGCACUCCCACUUACGCGCACACGCCCAUCAGCUUUGCAAUAAGUAAGCAACUGUUUUUAUAAUAUGACCAUUUCAGUGAUGAAGUUGCAUGAUUUUCUUUUUA